AUGUCCGUUGAUUGGAAUAAGGUAAAGGCGACGAUCGAGGAAGAGUGGGAUGGUUCCAUCAUUUCCGCCCUCUCCGCGUAUUUGGAGGUGCCCAAUCAAAGUCCUGAUUUCGAUGCGGAGUGGGCCACCAACGGUCUUAUGGAGAAGGCCUUUCGGAUUAUGAUUGACUGGGUGGACAGCCAAAACCUCCACGGCCUCACUUACGAGUACGUCCAGGAAAAAGGCCGGACUCCGUUCCUGUUAAUCGACAUCGCUGGCACAGAGCCAACCAAGCACGCGGUGUUUUUGUACGGCCACAUGGACAAGCAGCCCCCUCUGAGGCCGUGGGGGGAAGGACUUGACCCUACCAAACCGGUCGUACGUGACGGUAAGCUCUACGGUCGUGGAGCCAGCGACGAUGGGUACGCAAUUUUUUUGUCUAUCUGCAGCAUUGCCUCUCUUCAACGCAACGGCAUACCACACGGCCGUAUCCUCGUUGCGAUUGAAUCCGGUGAGGAGUCUGGGAGCCCUGAUCUGGAGUACUAUAUGGACCGUUUUCGUGAAAAAAUCGGGGUCAUGGAUCUCAUGAUCUGCCUUGACAGCGGUUGCAUGAACUAUGAGCAGGUGUGGCUCACUACCUCUCUGCGCGGUCUUGUAGACGGUGUGCUGCAUGUAGAGACCCUUUCUGAGGCUGUGCACAGCGGUAUCGCAGGUGGCGUUGUGCCCGAUACCUUUCGAAUUACCCGUGAGCUGGUGGACCGGCUUGAGGAUUCCAAGACAGGCCAAGUGAAGCUCCCGGAGGCGCAUUGCAUCAUCCCCGAGAAUGUCGUCAGAGCUUUGGAGGUAAUGAACGAGGUGCACUUUAAGGAGCAGUUUGCGACCCUUCCCGGGGUAUCCUUAGGCCAGGUCGACAACAAAACGCUGGCCCUACGAAACUUCUGGGAGCCUAGCCUCACCGUUGUGGGGACUAACCUCCCGGACCCUCUGGUGGCUGGCAAUGUGAUUCGAACGGAGACCGCCGUGAAGCUAUCGCUGCGUACGCCUCCAACUGUCGAUUCGGAAGUAGUGUUAAAUGCCAUGCGCAGAGUCCUCGAGGAUAGCCCGCCUUACAAUGCUAGAGUUCGGUUUGAACCGGGGAACAAUGGCAACGGGUCCUGCAUGCCAGAGUUGAAGCCAUGGCUGCAUAAGGCGCUCGAUGAGGGCAGCCUCUUGGCCUUUGGAAAGACAUAUGCGUGCCAAGGAAUGGGUGGUUCCAUCCCGUUUGUUGGGAGGCUUAUCGAGACCUACAAGACGGCACAGUUUAUCGUGACGGGGGUGCUUGGACCCCAGAGCAACGCUCAUGGACCCAAUGAGUUCCUCCAUAUCGCUUUUGUGAAGGGAUUGACCUUUGUUAUUGCGCGAGUUAUCUCAGAUCACUUUAAAAAUGUUCCAAGAGGAUGA